CGAAGGGCGUGCGGGGGGGGCCUCUGAUUGGUCCCAGAAUCAGCCAAUGGCGUGGCUUGGUACUGGGUCAGUGUGAAGUUGGUCUUCAGAAGGAAGCAUGCUGCGUCGUGAGGCUAGGAUGCGGAGGGAAUAUCUCUACCGUAAGGCGCAGGAGGACAAGCUGCGCAGCAUCGAGGAGAAGAAACAGAAGCUGAAAUAUGCGCUCGAAGAACCCCCAGACGGGCUGGUGGUGUGCCACCUGCCCUUUGGUCCCACCGCGUACUUCACCCUCGCCAACGUGGUGAUGCGUCACGACAUCCCAAAGAUUGGCACCAUGUCCGAGGCCUACCCGCAUCUCAUCUUCCACAACCUGACCUCAAAGCUGGGCCUCAGGGUAACCAGUAUCCUCAAGUAUUUAUUCCCCGUCCCGAAAGAAGACAGCAAAAGAGUAAUCACAUUCGCUAACCAGGAUGACUUCAUCUCUUUCAGGAGGCCACAAUACACUCCCAGCAAUGUGAUCUGGCUUUUCGGUUUGACCUCUCGUUUCAAUUGGGCAGCCGUCUAA